CGCGAAUCGGCGUUCAAUUUGGUUCUAAGUCUCGUCGCGUUUGCAUGGGCGCAGUUCUUUGAGUUCUCGACUUAAUCGCCAUGGUGCUGCUGAGAGUGAUCAAGUAUCUAGUGGGCUGCGUGGUGCGCGUCUGCAACGAGUUGUCCCAGAACAUGAGUUCGCUGAACAAAAUGUUCAAGUACCAUUUGCUGGAGGUCAGCUAGAGAUCCGAGAAACCGAAGAAAAAUUCGCCUUAAAUAUAUAUAGUUAUCUGCCCCUGUCGAGCGAGUUCGUUGCUCAAGUCUUUUGUUUUGCGAUCCAAUAAAACGUAUUACACCCACA